UCUCAGUCUAGCUAUUCUCAUUUCUCUCUCAAGCACACUGUCACUACACACCACAAUGAGUCGCAAGAGAGACAGCCCCUACUUUUCCCGCCACGACUUCAAGCGCCGCCGUCCGUUGCCGGAACCAGCGGAGGAAGAUAGACCCACCACCAGGCCGACGCCUCCUUCUGCGGUACUCGUCAUGGGUCUCCCUCUUGACUGCUCCGUCCUCGAUCUCAAGUCUCGAUUUGAGAUCUACGGCUCCAUCUGUCGCAUCCGUAUCGACCGUGACGCCGUCGGUUAUAUAACCUACCGGAAUAAAGACUCGGCUGAUGCCGCCAUCGCCGCUGGCCACGAUCCUUCCUUUGGCGUCACCGUCAAUUCCAAAAAGGUUCAGGUGUUGUGGGCAACAGAUCCUCUAGCCAUGUGGAGAGAAGGAGUUGGUAAAAACAAAGAUAGUGUGUCUACGUCAAAGCUUGUGCGGGCUGAUGUACCUUUGAGGCGACAUGGAAGAAAUAAUAAACUUGCGUCAGCUAUAGGGAAUACCAAAAGUAGUAAUGAUGGUUCUGGUAGCUCAGUUCUUGAAGUUCCUUCCAGAGGUAGAGAAAUUGUUGCUUAUGAUGAUAUAAUAAGGAAUCAGAAAUUAAAUAGAGUGAUGGAAGAAAGAGAUCAAGUGAAAAGUGAAGAGAAUGGAGAAUCAGAAGAAAGAAUAUGGAGUUGGGGUGCUGGAACAGAUGGCCAAUUAGGAACAGGUAGACUUCAAGAUGAACAUCUCCCUCAACAAAUAUCUUUCCCCUCUGUCUCUUCACUUGCCUGCGGCGGCGCUCAUGUCAUCGCCUUAACCUCCGAUGGGAAGGUAUUGUCGUGGGGUAGGGGCAAUUCUGGUCAACUAGGCCAUGGAGAGGUUGUCAAUAACAUGUUGUGUCCCAAGGCUGUAACAUCAUUGGACAACUACUUCAUAACCCAUGUCUCUGCUGGUUGGAGCCACUCAGGUUUUGUUUCAGAUACUGGUAGCCUGUUCACUUGCGGAGAUGGCUCCUUUGGUCAACUUGGACAUGGCGUCUACGCCUCUCACUGUUCCCCUGUCAAAGUGCCAUGCUUUGUUGAUCAGCAUGUUGCGAAGGUAGCAUGUGGAAUGCGGCAUUCUCUUGUCUUGUUGAAAGGUUGUCUUUCAAAUCAAGUUUAUGGAUUUGGCUCUGGAAAGCGUGGUCAAUUGGGUGUCUCCAAAGAUAAAAUCAAAUCUAUUAAUCUUCCCAAAAUUGUUAGUGGAUUUGACGAUAUUGAUAUAGUUGAUAUUGCUGCAAAUGGAGAUCAUAGUGCUGCAUUAUCUGUUGAUGGGAAUCUUUACACCUGGGGAAGAGGCUUCAAGGGCUUUGAAGAUUCUCACCUUCCGCAACGCUUAAACUCUACGUUGAAAUUCACUAAAGCCACUCUAGGGUGGAACCAUGCUUUAGCUAUGACUGGUGAUGGGGAGGCUUACAUGCUUGGUGGCAACCACCUCGGAGUGCUUAGUGGUGUUCACAAUGAAUGUCCAGCUAAGAAGUUAAAUGAUUCAAGAGAAGUCAACUUGGAAAAAGUCCCUGGCCUUGAAGGAUCAAAGAUUACUGAUAUAGCUACUGGAGCCGAGCAUUCCGUCCUUGUCACAGAGAAUGGAGAAAUAAAGACAUGGGGUUGGGGUGAGCAUGGUCAGCUAGGGUUAGGGGAUGAUGGUGAUCGAAUCAGUCCUGUUACAGUAAGUCUUGGUUACGAUCUGAAAGAAGCGGCAUCAACAAGAGUCUAUUGCGGAAGUGGCUUCACAUUUGCUUUGACCAAGCCCUAGAUUCUUCUCAAAGUUGUUGAUACACUAGAGGGUGGUACUUUGUUGUUCAUCUCCGGCAUCGGUCUGAAUAAAUACAUUACCAAAAAACACCAAAUUUUCGAAAAAAAUGUUUUGCUUCUCAUAGCCUGCUUUGGAAGGCUGGCAUUGGCAUUGCACUUGGAAGCCAAAAUUCUCUGCUCUCUCAGGGUUGGAUCUAGGAGGCAGAAGGAUAGCUGAUAGUAUUCCAAAAAUAUCGAUUAAUUUUGGGUAGUAUUGAGCUUCCUUGCUCAAGAUUAUUUUUAAUCUUAUUUGUAAAUUUAAAUACUAUCAUUUCUCCCAACAAAGUAAAACACCACGGACUCUUAUGUUCUGUAACACAUCUUAUGAACAAAAAUAUUUUCCUUUAACUUUUUAAAA